AUGCAUCGUUCCAAUACACAAACAUCGGUAUGUAAAAAUUGUCACUUUUUGUUAUUAUUUGAUUAUAAAAGAGUCGUUUUACAUAUAAGUAUGUCGGCACGACCUGUAUCAUCUAAUAAAAAAAGUAGUCGAAAAAGAAUUGAUUCAUCAUCGAGUAAGAAAGGUAAGAAAAAUAUUCCACAAGAAGAAGUUAUUGAUCAUCAUCAAAUACAAAUUGAUGGAUUAAUACGUGAACGUGAAGAAAUUCGUUCAAAAUUGAAUAGUAUCUGUUCGAAAAUAAUAGAAAAUAUUAAUAUUGAUGAUUAUCAAAAUGAAAUCGAUUUAACAAAACAACAACCAUCUGAUAUAUCUCUUGAUAAUUUAUUAUCAAUGAUUGAUAAUAUAUGUUAUUAUCGAACAGCUUUUUUAAAUCUUUUUCAAGAAAUAGACGAUAAAGAAAAACUUUCUAUUCAAAAACGUAUUACACAAUUAUCUGUUGAUGAACCAAAUCUAUUUCGAAAACGUCUUACAUCAGAUCAACGAUUAACAUUUGUUAUACGUGAACGUGAUUUAUGGAAAGAAAAUGCACAAUUACUUCAAAUUAUGUAUGCUACAAUAGUUGAUCAAUUAGAAAUGGGUAUAUUUAAAAAAUUAAAUUUAAAAACAACUGAUAUUCUUCAAUCACAUCGAUUAAAUCUUGAAGAUGUUUGUCGUAUUUUUUCAUCUCCUAAUAUUCGAUCAAUUAAUGAUGCAAAAAAAUUACAUUUAAAAAAAACAUUUAAUAAAGAACAUCAUGAAAUAAAAGAUCAAAAGAUUUCUUCUGAUUUUCAACAACAAGGUAAUAAUUCUUACAUAUUAUCACCAUCAUCUAUAAUUCCAUUAAAUCUAAAUGAAGACAAAGAACAUCAUCAUAAUAAUAAUAAUAAUCUAUCUUCAAAUACAAAACGAACUGUUUUAUUUGCUAAUGAAGUUCGUAUAAUUAAUGAUGAUAAACAAAUUGAUCAUCAACAAACAAAAAAUGAUGAACAAUUAAAAGAAAAUUUUUUUUCAUCAAAAUCUCAUCUUCCAUUAGCAAGUGAUACAUUAAUAGAUAAAAUGGAUUCAAAUUUACGUAUGUUAAUUAUCAAAGAACUUAGUAAAGAUAAUUAUAUUCAAAGGCCACCUUCAAGAAUGAGUUCGAAUUAUACUGAAAAUAUCAAUGAUUUUAAUUCUUAUCAAAAACAACAUCGAUCACGAAAUAGAUCACCUGAAUGGGUUGCAUUAGCACAAUUGAUUGGAAUAGAUCAAUCCGAAAUUGAUCAUUGGUUAUCACAAAGUCUUCAAUAUCCUGCUGGUAGAGUUAUAUCUACUUGGUGUAAUAGUAUAUUACCAUCACCAACUGUUGCUCAAUUAUAUUCUCUUCUUUCAACAAAUAAAUUAAAUCGAUUAGAUCUUGCACAUCAAAUUGCAACGAUGUAUAACGUUUAA